AUGACAUCCUCCAACACCCUUCUAGAACCAAUAGCUGUUAUAGGUAUAGCAUGUGAAUUCGCAGGUGAUAUUCAUCGUGCAAAUGAUCUAUGGUAUACAUUGAAAGAAAGUCGAGAUGCUGGUAGUGCAACAACAAUUGAUCGAUUUGAUCUUGAAUCAUUUACUGCUCAUAUGAUUAAUAUGGAUAAUAAUGGACAAUUUCAUCAAAAACUUCUUCGUGUUGGAAGUGUUGAUCCAUGUCAUAGAUUACUUAUAUUAAAAUUUAUUGAUUUACUUGAUGGUGCUGGAUAUAGUAUUGACAAAAUCAAUGGUACAAAAACAUCAGUGCAUAUUGGACAAUUUUCAACAGAUCAUGCAAUUGCAGCAGCUCAUGAUGGUCUUUGUGUUUUGCUAUUAAAACAAUUAAGUGAUGCUGAACGUGAUGGCGAUCCAAUUGAAGCUAAUUGUUUAGAUCGAUUCUUUAAUCAAUCAAAUCUUGAUCCACCAUUAUUAUUAGAUUUAAUUAAAAGUAAUUUAGGACAUACAGAAGGUGCAGCUGGUGUUCUAUCACUUAUUAAAGUUGCUAUCUGUAUGUAUCAUCGUGAUAUUACAGCAAAUAUGCAAUUUACUUCAUUUAGUCCUAAAAUAGAUGCACAAAAAUAUAAUCUACAUAUUCUUCAA